CCUCCCCUGCUUUGCUGUCAAACAGAGGAGAACUUUACGUUGCUUUGUGUUUUUUUCGUGUUUAUAAACUUUUCCGUUUAUUUUUAUUGCAUGAAUUAAUUAUUUUAGAGAUCUUCUAUAGAUUUGUAUAAUGCCUAAACAUUGUGUGUUAGUGACCAAGUUUGCAGCGUAAAAAUGGAAACUACCCCGCUUAUCACAAGGCCUAAGAAGAAAUCCUUAUGGUCAAGGUUAUUAUUCUCAAGAUUCCGGACUAAAGAGUUGAGCUCUAGAAUUAUUUAUUUAGGACAGAUUCCUGAAGAAGAGUAUCCUCCCAACUAUGUCUGUAAUCAAAAAUACAACAUCAUCACAUUUCUGCCUCUGGUGCUGUACGAACAGUUCAAGUUCUUCCUCAAUAUGUAUUUCCUGGUGAUGGCAGUGAGCCAGUUUAUUCCCAGCAUCCGUAUUGGAUAUUUGUACACAUAUUGGGGUCCGCUGUGUUUUGUACUGGCUGUUACACUGUUUAGGGAGGCUGUUGAUGACUUUAGAAGAUUUAGGAGGGACAGAGAAGUCAACAGACAACGUUAUGAACGAAUAGUACUAGACUCACCUGUAGACGGAUACAGGCCAUUCAUCACAGAACAGGUGUCUGCAUCGGCCCUCCGUGUUGGAGAUAUAGUAAUGCUUCACAAGGGUCAACGUGUGCCAGCGGACAUGAUUCUUUUAAGAACCAAUGAAACUAUGGGCACAGUAUUCAUACGCACAGACCAGCUUGAUGGAGAAAUUGAUUGGAAAUUGAGAAUCCCCUUGCCUUCAACACAAAAGCUACCCACCGAUGCUCACCUACUCGACAUCAACGCUAAGAUAUUUGUUGAGAAGCCAGAGAAAGACAUACAUUCGUUUAUCGGCACUUGCACAAGACUGGACGAAGAGGAGAUGGACUCGCUAGAUAUUGAGAACACUCUGUGGAGUGGCAGUGUGGUGGCAUCUGGACAGGCUACUGGACUGAUCAUAUACACAGGCAGCGAGACCCGCAGCGUGAUGAACAACGCAGCGCCCAGAUCUAAAGUGGGAAGACUGGACCUGCAAGUGAACAACUUGACCAAAGUGCUGUUUGUGGCCACAGUCAUGAUCUCAGUCCUUUUGAUCGUGCUGAAAGGCUUCAAUGGACCCUGGUUUGGGUUCUUGUUCCGAUUCGUGCUACUGUUUUCGUAUAUUAUUCCUAUCAGCUUACGAGUAAACCUGGAUAUGGGCAAAGCCUUCUACUCGUGGACAAUCCAGCGCGACAAGCAGAUAGAAGGCACGGUCAUGAGGUCUACCACCAUACCUGAAGAACUGGGCAGGAUACAGUACCUGCUAGCAGACAAGACCGGGACGCUCACGAAGAAUGAAAUGGUCUUCCAGAAGCUACAUUUAGGAAACGCGCUGUUUGAUAAGAAUAACUUCCAUGAGGUAAGUUUCUGCUUGCAGAUGUGACUUUAAUUUUUAGCAUUUUUUUAAAUGUUUAAUUUAAUUACAUGGAUCUGGGUAGAAUACUACCUGUCGAUUGU